GGCUAUGCCAUGCCUGAAACCAAAUAUCUUUAUCAGUAGAGAUGUCUGUAGAUGUGCCCUGUUUCACAUAUGCUCAUAAUGCUCUGACUGUGCAUUGAUUUAGACUGCAGGGACAAGAACAGAGAGCAAACAGCAGGGAAGAUGUGGCCGGGCUGAGUCACAUGUUAUGAGAUGAUGCUGAUGAAGUCUGAAUAUGUCUGUAUGGUGAUGUUAAUAACUGUGAACGGGGAAUUUUAUUUUAUGAAGAAGGAGAGAUUGAGUUCAGGAGGUGGUUUGAUAGUGAGCCCAGUACCCACACAGGAACUUUUGCCUGUGCUGUGAUCACACCCAGUGGAGUAUGGUCAGAUUUGUCUGCUGCAAUGGUGAGAGAAGAACAAAACAACUAUAAGAAUUCAUUGCAACUGUCAUUACCAUCAUUAACAGAGGAUAAACAAAAGUUCUCAUAUUUUGCAUUCAUACACAGAUAUAUUUUUUAAAAGAGAUUACUUGAAGACCUGCCUCAUUCGAGAGUACCUACUCAAGUAAUCAUCUUUCCCUCUGUCUGCAAUUUUGUGGCAGGUAGAACAUGGAGUCAGCUGCUCUCAAAGGCUUCUUUUGUGCGUCCCCUUGGACAAAAGCAUAAGGCCGAUGAAUAAACGCCGGGUCUCUCGGUUAUUGAAUGGAGCCAGUGACCUGUCAGUCUUGACUGAUGGGACCCCGUGUGUGGGAAAAUCCCGCAGCCAAAGAGUUGGAGCAUUCACAUGCUAAUUGAGUCCGAUAAAUAAGAGGGCCGUGCCGCGCCGAGGGCCCUAGAGACGCGCUGAGAUUCAGAGGAGAGGAGGCACAAGCGUACGGACACCCGAGAAGAAACAUGACUGCCUCAUCCAUGGCGCACAACGUGGGGAAACAUCCCAGUGCCAAGGAAGAGAGAAAGCUGAGAAAGCCGCUCAUUGAGAGGAAACGACGAGAGAGGAUAAACAAUUGUUUGGAUCAACUGAAGGAAGCUGUGAUCGGAGCGUUCAGGCUUGAUCAAUCCAAACUGGAAAAAGCCGAUAUCUUAGAGAUGACAGUGAAACAUCUGCAAAACAUCCAACAACAGAGUACCAAACUCAACGACCCCACAUUAGGCCUGGAGGCCCAACAGAAAUACAGCACAGGGUACAUCCAGUGCAUGCACGAGGUCCACAACAUGCUCCUCACCUGCGACUGGAUGGAUAAAACUCUGGGCUCGCGUCUGCUCAACCACCUCCUCAAAUCCCUCCCCAGGUCCACUGAUGAGCGUCCCAUCCAGCCUAUGCCCAGACAUGAUGUACCUACUCAGGCCUGCCAAGGGCUCCCUGGUACACCCCUCAGAGGAGACCCCACCAUCGUUGGGAGGCAGCUCCAGAGAGAAGGUCCCACCUGUCAUGUGGCUGGGCACCAAGAGAGACCGGCGCUCCACAGCUCCCACCUGGGGAUGCUGGAGAUGUGGAGGCCCUGGUGAACUGGUGGAUGAUCUUUGGUCCUCCAUUUUGUUAGACCAUCCUCUGUUAUGUAUCUUAUAGAUAUGCUGCUCAGAAGACAAACGUGGGGCAGUUUUGUUCCAGUGAUUAUUAUUGUAGGUGUGCUAUAAUGAUUCUAUACAGACCUUUUCUCAGUACUUCCCUUCAGAAGUCGACUUCUUGUAGCCUGCAUUAUAGAAGGCUCUUAUUAAUCUUUCAUGUAUUUAUUGUAUUAACAGCUUUAUUUAUUUGAUAUUAUAAGGAAUGACCUUGCUUAGACCUUUUGCUUGCCAUUGCAUAGAUUUGAUAUCUUCCUCCUUUGCUGUAUAAUUAACCCAAACAUUAAUAAUAAUAAAGC